CCAGCCCCUCUCUGCCGGAAACCGAGGGCGCCGCACCCACAUUGCGCAGCGCAGCACCGGUCUGCAACAGCCUUGCGAAGGUGAUCCGGAUCUUGGGAGCAUCACUUAACCUUGGGGCAUUCUUUGGAAAGCAGGCAUAUAACAAGCCAACAUGGCCGUCCUCUCUAAGGAAUACGGUUUCGUGCUUCUGACGGGUGCUGCCAGCUUUGUAAUGGUGCUUCACCUCGCCAUCAACGUUAGCAAGGCUCGCAAGAAGUACAAAGUGGAGUACCCCGUUAUGUACAGCACGGACCCCGAAAAUGGGCACCUCUUCAACUGCAUUCAGCGAGCCCACCAGAACACGUUGGAAGUGUACCCUCCCUUCUUGUUUUUUCUGGCUGUUGGAGGUGUUUACCACCCACGUAUAGUCUCUGGCUUGGGCUGGGUCUGGAUCGUUGGGCGAGUUCUUUACGCUUACGGCUAUUACACAGGAGACCCCAGCAAGCGGUACCGAGGAGGCGUGUCCUCCCUGGCCCUCUUCGGCUUGAUGGGCACCACGGUAUGCUCUGCUUUCCAGCAUCUCGGCUGGAUUAAGCCCAGGUUGGGCAGUGGGCCCAAGUCCUGCCAUUAAAGAAUUAUAGGGGUGUAAAAAACUCAUUCAUUUUGAAUGACUUACUUUUAUUUCCAGUUACCAUUUUUUUUUCUGAAUGUAAUAAAAACUUAUCUGGCAUCAGCCUCCUACCUAAA